AUGGAUGCAUCCCAGCCAGUGCUGUUUAUUGCUGAGGUUGUGCUAGUGUACAUGUCACCAGACGCCAGAACGAAGCUGAUCCGUUGGAUAUCCGAUACUUACCCAAGAUCGUGUUUGGCACUCUAUGAGCCGGUGCUGGGUGACGAUCGGUUUUCAGUGAUCAUGCGGCAGAAUUUGAAUGCACGGCAAAGUCCUUUAAUAGGUGCACUGUGCGAUCAGAGUGCUUUAGUUGAGACCUUCCGAGAGACGGGUUGGUCAGUGGAGUCGUGUUGUGACAUGCUGUGUGAAUACGACCACAACACGGAUAUGGAAGAGGGGAGGAG